CCACUUCAUCUUGACGGCUACCAUCGCGGAGCUCAGCCAUUUAAAACAGUCUAUUUAGCCAGCUAAUUACGCCUGCUAACAUUUGGUUUGUAUUUCCUUCAAAGGGUUAGAUGUUUAGCGAUUUAUUUAAAACGUGCACCAUAUAUGUAGUGAACUAGUUCAAUGGCGUUUAACGGCCACCAGCACGAUAAUGAGAUUGUGGACGAAGAUGAAACGCCUUCGAAGCUGCCGCGGUGCAACAAGGAGAUGCCCGGUCACCUCAGAAACGACCCCCAAAACGAGGCAGCCGCGCCCGCAGGACCUUCUACAUCCGACCGCUGGGCGUCCAACGCGACACCGAGGCAUCGGAAAGACUCGGUUAAAAAGACCAGGCCGCCAUUUCCGUGGUUUGGGAUGGACAUCGGAGGCACCCUGGUGAAGCUUGUUUACUUUGAGCCCAAAGACAUCACAGCUGAGGAGGAGCAGGAAGAGGUGGAGAACCUGAAAAGCAUCCGGCGCUAUCUAACCUCCAACAUAGCCUAUGGUACAACUGGCAUCAGGGAUGUACACCUGGAGCUGCAGGACCUGACGUUGUGUGGCAGGAAGGGCAACCUACACUUUAUUCGCUUCCCCACGCACGACCUCCCGGUAUUCCUACAAAUGGGUCGCAACAAGCAUUUCUCCAGCCUCCACACCACCCUCUGUGCCACAGGAGGGGGCGCUUACAAGUUUGAAAAUGACUUCCGUACGAUGGCGGACCUGCAGCUCCACAAACUGGAUGAGCUGGACUGUUUGGUCCGGGGGGUGCUGUACAUUGACUCAGUGAUGUCCAGUGGACCUUCUGAGUGCUACUACUUUGAAAACCCCACCGAUCCAGACCACUGUGUUCAGAAACCCUAUCUGCUAGAGAACCCAUAUCCUCUGCUGCUGGUGAAUAUUGGCUCUGGGGUCAGCAUCCUGGCCGUCUACUCGGAGAAUAACUAUAAACGAGUCACUGGGACCAGCCUUGGUGGUGGGACCUUCCUCGGCCUGUGUUGCCUGCUGACUGGUUGCUCUACUUUCGAGGAAGCUCUAGAAAUGGCUUCUGAAGGGGAGAGCACCCGUGUGGACAAGCUGGUUCGGGACAUCUAUGGAGGAGACUAUGAGAGGUUUGGGCUGCCGGGCUGGGCUGUGGCCUCAAGUUUUGGCAACAUGAUGUCCAAAGAAAAAAGAGAGUCGGUGUCCAAAGAGGACCUUGCAAGGGCAACCCUGGUCACCAUCACCAAUAACAUCGGCUCCAUCACCAGAAUGUGUGCUCUCAAUGAGAACAUUGAGCGAGUGGUGUUUGUUGGGAACUUCCUGAGAGUGAACACCCUUUCUAUGAAGUUGUUGGCGUAUGCCAUGGACUACUGGUCUAAAGGCCAGCUCAAAGCUCUCUUCCUCCGCCACGAGGGGUACUUUGGUGCUGUUGGAGCCCUGCUGGAGCUUCUGCAUCCGUCCUAAUCAGUCUUCGAACAGAAUAAACAACUCUUAUUUGAGGCAACAGCCGUGAGCACUUUAGACUGUUGGAAGGUUUUCUCUAGUGGCCUGCUCCCCCAGCCACCUAACAGUUACCGGUAAUGGGCAGGUUGUGGUUAGCCUGUUUUAAAGUCUUCAGAAGUCUACCUGGUUUGAAAGUUUUUUUUCAGUGUUGGAUACAGCUAAUUGUGACAUCGUUGAGAUUUAGUAUGAAACAUCAGGUGUUACACAAAGUAUUUUGUGAAUUACAUUCAUCAGACAGUCGUGAUCUGAAUCCUUACACCUUUUUGGGGUUUGGACCAAAAAUGCUUCUGAAGAACUCUGAUUUUGUCCUACAGAGGAACACAGACAACACUUGGUGUUUCACAACUUCAAGACUUUAUGAAAGUAAUUUAAACACUUGGUUAAUCACAGGAACUAGUCUUAAUAUCUAAAUUAUGGUCCUUUUACUGCAAACUGUGUGACAGUUUAAGCUCUUUGUAGUUCAGAUAAAAAUAAAUGUGAAAUGGUUAAAGAUCCAUUUUUUCUUAUUAUUUUCAGGAAUAUUUUUGUACUUUUUUUGUUCUAGUAGAGCUUUUGUCCAGACUUGACUCUGAAAAGGGUCAAAUACUGUUUCCUCUUCAUCCUCUGACUGAUUUAAUGUGGGUUGUUACUAAAUUGUUAGCAGUGAUGAUAUUCAAACACCAGAACUGAAAAUUAGACGGAGGCUGAAACAACACCAAAUCACAAAAUCUACAGUUUUUAGUUUCCUUUCUGAAGGCUGAUGCGGUCAAAAUGCUUUUAAGGAUACUAUUGCUUGUAAAAUAAUCAUCCACCUCCUGCACCAGAGCAUUUGCACAAUCCUCUAUACUACUGAAGUGCCUUCAGGCCAGUGCACGCAUGUCAGGAGAUGCUUGAGCAGAUGAUUAAAAUGAUAAACUUCUGUUUAAUCACACUCUAUACAGACUUAUUUUCUUUUCAUCUUUUAUGAAAUGCUGAGCCUUGUUGCUUCCUUCCAGUGGAGGAGUCAAACCUUUCACUUCUGUCUGUUUAAAUUCAGUGUGUACACCAGUAUCGAAGGCCUGAGCCAGUGAUCAGUCCAUUAGGGACCAAAAUCAACCAGAAACUGGUUUCAUCGUUUCGUCACUUACUGCAUCUGGAAACAGUAAUUCGACUGAAAGUGCCUGACAUGUUAAUAUGGGAUAAUGUGAGUUCAGUAAUCUUAUUUUUGUAUGUUUAUUUGUUUUUCUACAAGUCAGACUUGUUAUGUUUCCCAUGCACUUCUUAUUGAUUUGUCCCAAUAAAAAAAUGACAGAAUUCAA